ACUACGCCGAAAACGGUUACUUUUGUCUACUCUAUGAUUAUUCGCGCUAUGCGUAAUUCGCAUGCUACGCAAGUUUUAAGCUUGUUAUUGCUAUCAAAUUUGAAAAUAAAUAUCGCGAUUAGUCAACUUUGUUGUUUUGGUAUUAAAAUUCAAUAAAAACAAACUUGAUAAAAUGUCGAGUACAUCGCAAAAGCACAGAAACUUCGUUGCUGAGCCUAUGGGAGAGAAACCUGUGAGUGAAUUAGCAGGCGUCGGAGAAGUUUUGGGACGAAGACUUGAAACAGCCGGAUUUGAUAAGGCUUAUGUUGUUCUCGGCCAGUUCCUGGUACUGAAAAAAGAUAAGGAGCUCUUUCAAGAGUGGAUGAAGGAAACCUGCAAUGCUAACUCAAAACAGUCCACAGACUGCUAUCAGUGUUUGAAAGACUGGUGCGAUGAAUUUUUGUAAAUCUGUGCCAUGGACUGCAUACUACAAUCUUGCAUAAAUAAUGUAAUUUUAAGUGCAUUUCUCGGUCAUAUUUUGUAAUUUUUUAUUAUUUUCCUCACCACAUUUCAUUAUAAAGUACUGCAUAAGUAUUAACAAAGCUAUUUACAUAGCUCGCUAAUUUAAUGACCGCAUCCAAAUGUUAUUGAAUAAAGAAAUAAUUAAAUAUAAUUGUAAAGUGUAAUCUUCUAAAACAUUCUAAAUAAUUGUACAAGUACAUUGCAAUUUUUUUAUGUUUUACUAACAAGACUAUUGUUAUUAGGUCAGGUAAAUAAAUGUAUCAA